AUGAGUAUAUUACCUGCUUUACCCACCAUCACUCUACCUACUUUUAGCGGGUCCUUUGACACUUGGUUGGGAUUUUAUGAUCCGUUUAACUCGUUGGUCAACGAGGAUCACAAUAUUCCACCUAUACGAAAAUUAAUCUACCUAAAGGGUUGCUUAACUGGCGAAGCAGCCAACGUAAUAUCUUCUCUUGAAACUUCAUCUCAAAACUACGAAGUAGCGUGGGGCUUAUUAAAAGAACGGUACGAUGACAGAAGAUUUAUGCGGGACAGUUACAUAAAAUCUUUGCUGGAUACUCCUCUAAUCUCAAAGGAGUCUUCUAUCCGAUCAUUUCUUGGUCACAUACAACGGCAUCUGCGUGUCUUAAGUCAGCUUGAUGAGUCCACCGAUUAUUGGGACUCACUAUUGAUCGUGCUAUUCGUAAGCAAAUUUAACAAUUUUAUGCGGGAGCGAUGGGAAGAAUUCAGUUGUGGCGUAAGUAAACCCACAAUGAAGCAGAUGCUUACUUUUUUAACAAAGCGCACUCAAUUUGAAGGUUCUAGGGCUCAAGCACCCGCGCCUCCUCCAAAUAAUUCUAGGCAAACGCCGUCAAACGGACGAGCUCAAUCGCGUUCUCAGCAAUCAUUCGCAGCCUCUACCUCUCAGAAUCGCUGUCUCUAUUGUCAAGGUGGUGAUCAUUAUAUCUAUUCUUGUAAGGGCUUAGGAGCUCUAUCGCUAUUGCUCGCUAUGAAGCGGUAA